CCUACUUAGUGUCAUCACGGUAGCACGGAAGCUUCGCGCAACGAACCAGGGGACGUCUCUUAGUGGUUACUCCAGUGCUCGAAGGAACGAGAGGAGAUAAGGAAAAUGCCCCCCAGCAGUUCGUCUUUUACGGCGCUGAAUCUGCCCUCGACAUUUUCGCUACCGCCAUGCAUGGAAUACUUCACCCUCACCGCCGGCCCUAAUACGGACCUUUGGCGUAAGCCACCAAACCGGGAUACUGCAACGGCUCCUAUCGUGUUCACAUCCUUGCGGAGCCCAUUUGUAGUUGCCGAGGUCACUGUCACGGCGGACUGGGAAAUGGAAUGGGACCAGGGUGGUCUGGUGAUCUUUGCCGGAGCCGCGCCGCAGUCAUUCUCGCCAGACAGUACUCCACGAUCGGGCCGCCCCGGAUACCCUCAGCCGUUACGACCCUGUAAAUGGGUCAAGGCCGGGAUGGAGUUCAGUUCGGGCACGAUGAACGCAUCCUCGGUAAGCGCAACCUCCGACGGCGCGGACUGGUGUCUCUCGCCACUGUCGAUCCCCGAUCGCGGUCCAUCGGCUAUGCAUUCGUUACGAAUCAAAUUAGAGCGAGUCGGACAUUCGCUCUGGAUAUGGUACCAGGAUCCAUCAGCGGUGCCGUAUGCGGCGAGUCCAGCGGCCGUGAGCAGCACGUGGAAGAAGCUGCGGGAAGUAACAUGGUUCUUCUACGGGGUAGAAGACAAGUUCGUCCACGUGGGCGUCUAUGCCAGUCGACCGCAUAGUCUACCUCGCACCGGGACGAUGUGGGCGAUGGCCAAUGGUCCGGGGGUGGCCGGAUCGGCGGCGGCAUCAGCGAACGAAGGGUUGGUGGUCGAAUUCGAGGAUCUGGAGAUCUUGUAAUUUUUCUGUCUUAUCUCGUCUUAGCAGCAUUGCUUUGGUUCCAACUACGACCAUUGAGCGCUUAUGAGUCGAUGAGCUUUCUUUCUCUUUGGACUUUUUGGGCUGGUUGGGUUCAGGAGCCUGGUGCAUUGCGGGAGAUAGCGAGCAUGAGUCUAUGUUAUGGUUGGAGCGAUUGCUGAGACAUGAGCAUUUGUUGAGUUUGGCUGUUCAACACUUACCGAUUUAAUGAAGAGUUAAUAUGAUCUUUUCUUUCAUACUUAGCUAUACCCACGAAGCAAAUUAUGUCGAUA